AUGUCGUCCACAAUUGACUCCGGCUUCCACCUCGCGGACAGCAAGGGCUACAUGCUUGGCCGAGGCUAUGCCGCCGCUUGUCGUCUCAACCUCCAAUUCUACCUUUGGAAAGAAUCGCUCCAAUUCAACAUCCACCCCUCCAUUCCCAUUCCCGCGAACCCCGUCAUCGCAGACAUCGGCACAGGAACUGCAAUCUGGCUGCUCGAUGUAGCAUACUCACUCCCCACUGCUACCCUUGACGGCUACGACAUCGACCUCUCCAACACUCCUCCAACCCAAUGGCUCCCCAAGGGCCUCACCCUCCACGAAUGGAACCUCUUCGACCCUGUACCAGAGCAUCUAGUGGGCACAUACGACAUCAUUCAUCUCCGCCUCCUCAUCCUCGUGGUGCAGAACAGUGAUCCCAUCCCCGUCAUCCGAAAUGUAGCCCGUCUGCUCAAACCGGGCGGAUAUAUCCAGUGGGAUGAUCUGAAUUACCCAGACACCCAUGUGGCAAAGGUAGACCCCGAACUGGCAACACCAGCGUUUGAUCGCCUACUCAAAUUUGUCUACUCAAAUGGACGCCAUGACUGGGUGUUGAAUUUGCCUACGCUGUUAGAGCAGAAUGGGUUUGAGAGCCCGCACCUGGACCACUUUCGGGAUCGUGUGGAGCUCGCGAACGCGAAUGGAGAGCAGCAUUUGGUUACUAUGGAGGAAUUUGCACAGUCGUUGGAGAAGGAAAGUGUGGAUGAUGCGGAGAAUAUACGGCUGUUACUGAAGGAUCUCGCUGUAGAGGCGGUCCAUGGUGUGGCUUUGUCAAUGCCUCGGGUCGUAGUUGCUGCACGCAAGUUGUAG